CAUUCACCAGCUCUCCAGCACUGGGUGGAAAGCAGCAGGCGAGGAUGGACGUGGAUGACAGCCUCCUUGUGAAUGGAAGCAACAUCCCCCCUCACUGCCAACUAGGGAUGGAAAAUGAGACGCUUUUCUGCUUGAAUCAGCCCCAUCCUUCCAAAGAGUGGCAGCCAGCGGUGCAGAUCCUCUUGUACUCCUUGAUCUUCCUGCUCAGCGUGGUGGGCAACACGCUGGUCAUCACGGUGCUGAUUCGGAACAAGAGAAUGAGAACCGUCACCAACAUCUUCCUGCUCUCCCUGGCUGUCAGCGACCUCAUGCUCUGCCUCUUCUGCAUGCCGUUCAACCUCAUCCCCAGCCUGCUCAAGGAUUUCAUCUUCGGGAGUGCUGUUUGCAAGACCACCACCUACUUCAUGGGCACCUCUGUGAGUGUAUCCACCUUUAAUCUGGUAGCCAUAUCUCUGGAGAGAUAUGGUGCGAUUUGCAAACCCUUACAGUCCCGGGUCUGGCAGACGAAAUCGCAUGCGUUGAAGGUGAUUGCCGCUACCUGGUGCCUCUCCUUUACCAUUAUGACUCCAUAUCCCAUUUACAGCAACUUGGUGCCUUUUACCAAAAAUAACAACCAGACUGCGAACAUGUGCCGCUUUCUACUACCAAACGAUGUUAUGCAGCAGUCCUGGCACACAUUCCUGUUACUCAUCCUCUUUCUUAUUCCUGGAAUUGUGAUGAUGGUGGCCUAUGGAUUAAUCUCUUUGGAACUUUACCAAGGAAUAAAAUUUGAUGCUAGCCAGAAGAAGUCUGCUCGAGAAAGGAAACCAAGCACCGGCAGCAGCAGCAGAUACGAGGAUAGUGACGGGUGUUACCUGCAGAAGUCCAGGCACCCCAGGAGGCUGGUGCUUCAGCAGCUGUCCACCAGCAGCAGCAGCAGGGUCAGCCGCGUCAGGAGCAGCAGCUCCUCGGCCAACCUGAUGGCCAAGAAGCGGGUGAUCCGCAUGCUCAUGGUCAUCGUGGUCCUCUUCUUCCUCUGCUGGAUGCCCAUCUUCAGCGCCAAUGCCUGGCGGGCCUAUGACACCGCCUCUGCCGAGCGCCGCCUCUCGGGGACCCCCAUCUCCUUCAUCCUCCUGCUUUCCUACACCUCCUCAUGCGUCAACCCCAUCAUCUACUGCUUCAUGAACAAACGGUUCCGCCUCGGCUUCAUGGCCACCUUCCCCUGCUGCCCCAACCCCGGUCCCCCAGGGGCGAGAGGAGAGGUGGGAGAGGAGGAGGAAGGCAGGACCACAAGGGCCUCUCUGUCCAGGUACUCAUACAGCCAUAUGAGUGCCUCUGCCCCGCCCCCAUGA